UGCGGCAAGCGGCUCGUCGGAUGGCAGAGGUGGGCACGCCGAUUGGGAGUGGGAGGAGGUGGCGACAGUGCUGGUGGGCAACGGGCAGAGCGUGGCGCCGUCGACCCGUAUCGCGGCCUUUGACAUGGACUCGACCAUCAUUACGACGGCGUCGGGACGGACCUUUGCUCGCGACACCAGCGACUGGCGCAUUCUCUAUCCAGAGGUCGGGCCCAAGCUGAACGACUUGGUGGCGCAGGGCUACAAGCUGGUGCUUUUCACCAACCAGAACGGGGUGGCUAAGGGCAAGGUGACAGCAAGCGGGCUGCAGGGCAAGAUCAAGGCCAUCUUCAGCGGGCUCGGUGUUCCCAUCCAGGUCUUUGCGGCGACUGACAAGGAUGAGUACCGCAAGCCAGCAACAGGCAUGUUUAAGCUGCUGGAGGAGCGGUACAAUGGCGGGCUGAAGGUCGACGUCGAGCACUCGCUGUACGUGGGCGACGGCGCCGGACGGGCGGCCGGAUGGGCCAAGGGCCGCAAGAAGGACUUUUCCUGCUCGGACCGCAAGUUUGCGUACAACGUCAAACUGCCGUUCUUCACGCCCGAAGAGUUCUUCCUCGACCAGCCGGCGGUGCCGUUCGAGUGGGCGGGAUCGAUCCCAAGAACAUCCCGCGUGGCCCGCCGGUGAUCACACCGCCGCUGACCGGCAGCGCCUUUGUCGCCUCGCCGCCGACCUUUGAGAUGAUUCUUCUUGUCGGCCUGCCCGGCUCGGGCAAGUCGCACUUUGCUACCACGCAUCUGGUACCUGCCGGCUACGCCUGGGCCAACCGUGACACACUCGGGACCAAGGCCAAGUGCAAGGCUGCGGCCAAGGCUGCGCUCGCGGCCGGCACCCCUGUUGUGGUUGACAACACCAAUCCGUCACCGUCCGCGCGGGCCGAGUACAUCAAGCUGGCGGCAGCGGCUGGUGCGCCAGUCCGGGUCUUUAUCUUUGAUGCCACACGGCCCGAGGCGCAGCACAUGAACGAGUUCCGCGCCAAGGUGACCGCCGGUGAGCGCAAGGCCGUCCCCGGCGUCGCGUACAACAUGUACAAGAAGCACUACGUCGAGCCGUCUCUCGACGAGGGCAUCGCAUCAAUCCAUCACGUAGCGCUCUCGGUCGACUUUGGCGACGACGUUGCCCGCGAGGAGCUCUUCAACGAGUUCACCUAGGCAGCACGACGGCGUGCCGUUACACGACGGCGCCCACCACAAGUAAAACUGCGCUGUAACUG